UUCACAUCCAGGAGAACCUGGAGGAUGCUCUGGUGCAGGAGGCUCUGCAGACGGGCGUGGACCUGCGGCAAUAUUCCCGCCAGGUGGAGCUGGAGCUGCAGGAGGUGGAAAGAGCUUCCAUCCAGGAUUACAUCAAGGAGAGCGAGAACAUCGCUGAGCUGCAUAACCAGAUCACAGCCUGCGACGCCAUCUUGGAGCGCAUGGAGGAGAUGCUGAGCUCGUUCCAGUGCUCCCUGAGCAGCCUGAGCUGGGAGAUCCGAGCGCUCCAGGGUCAGUCGGUGGCCAUGAACCUUCGGCUGCGCAACCGGCGCCUCGUGCAGGACAAACUGGGGAAGCUGCUGGAUGAACUGGUGGUGCCUCCAGCCAUGAUCAGUGUGAUCCUGGAGGUUCCGGUGACGGAGGACGAAUUCCUGGAGCAGCUGCGGGAGCUGAACGGGAAGAUCGAGGCCGUGAAGGAACAAGCAUUCCGGGACACCUUGGCCUGCGCCGACGUCCAGCACGUCGAAACUCAAGUCAAGAUCAAG